AUGGCUGGCGGCGUGCGGAUUUUGCGAUACGCUCUGCCCACCUUCUUUAUAAUUAUACUUCUCUAUAUUGCUCAGACCUCAUAUCGGGGCUCCAUCACCUCCAUCACGACCCCCGGCUUCUCCCAUGGCAACACAGAUGCCAGCAAACCAGAUGGCGAAAAGACCCAGGCGCCCCAGGCCGGCGACAAGAAACAAGACCUGGGAACAAGCCCACUGGUCACCCAGCCCGGGUCGCCGCAAUGGGAGGACCUGGUCAGCACUGCGCCUGGCCCGCGCAUGAACGCGACGUUUGUGACUCUGGCUCGUAACUCGGACGUUUGGGAAAUUGCACGCUCUAUUCGACAGAUCGAGGACCGGUUUAACCGUCGCUACAACUAUGACUGGGUGUUUCUCAAUGACAAGCCAUUUGAUUCAACCUUUAAGAAGGUGACCUCGUCUCUGGUCUCGGGGAAAACGCACUAUGGCGAGAUCGCCGAGGAACACUGGUCCUUCCCUCCUCAUAUCGACCAGGAGAGGGCUAAGCAGGUCCGCGAGGACAUGAAGGAACGCAAGAUCAUCUACGGAGACUCCAUAAGCUAUCGUCACAUGUGUCGGUUCGAGUCCGGCUUCUUCUUCCGCCAGCCACUCAUGAUGAAUUACGAUUACUACUGGCGCGUCGAGCCCAGUGUCGAGAUCUUCUGCGACAUCCACUACGACCCCUUCCGAUUUAUGGCGGAGAACGGCAAGAAGUACAGCUUCGUUCUCAGCCUGUACGAAUAUGUCGAGACUAUCCCGACUCUCUGGGACAGCGUCAAGAAAUUCAUCAAGAACCACCCAGAGCACAUUGCAAAGGAUAACUCUAUGGGCUUCCUCAGCGACGACAACGGCGAAAACUACAACCACUGCCAUUUUUGGUCCAACUUCGAGGUCGGCGACCUGAACUGGCUACGCUCAAAGGCGUACAUCGACUUCUUCGAGUCUCUGGAUCAGGACGGGGGCUUUUUCUACGAGCGCUGGGGCGAUGCGCCUGUUCAUUCCAUCGCCGCCGGGCUCAUGCUGCCGAAAGACCAGAUCCACUUCUUCAACGACAUCGCGUACUAUCACGUCCCAUUCACGCACUGCCCGACUGGCGAGAAACACCGACAAGAUCUGAAGUGUCACUGCAACCCUAAAGACAACUUCGACUGGAAGGGUUACUCAUGCACAUCGAGGUACUUCGACAUCAACGGCUUAGACAAGCCAGAAGGAUGGGAGAGCCAAACAGAUUGA